AGAACAGUACGCAGUAGUGUAACACUGAAACGGCACAAUAUUGUUUCUUGUUACAGCCAUGUAUUCCAUCACUGUUUGCAGUUUAUUGUUGGUGUUAUCACAACACAGCCGAGGCCAGGAAUGCUUGAAACCUGCAACAACAGACAUCACUGUGCAAGAUUUUCUGUGCAGUCAACCUUACUUCUUCAGUUUUCUGCCGAAGGACGAAAACAACGUUUUAUUGGACAAUGUUUGUUUAACUUUUAUUCCUCUGCCUGAAGAUCCUAAUACUGUUGUGGAGUAUUCCUCUUUUGUCUACUGUGACGGAUCAAACUACGUGGAGUCUUUCGUAACAACUGCUGGUGCUAAAGGAACCUUCGUAGCGGGUAACCCCCGGGCGACUUAUCGGGACUACAUUGUGGGAUAUGCAGGGUGUGACAUCCAGGUUGUCUACAGAUGUCCUCUGUUUGGAGAUUCAACACCCCCGUAUACAUUUGGACUUACCACCAGUUGUACUUCCAUGGGACUAUCGUGCAUGCGGAAAGUUGAGGAGGUAAUCACCAACGCUGGUCUUCCUGAAAGCGAAUAUUACAUACUUCCCAAUAAACUACCUAACCGAUGUGUCACCAGAGCUGCAUGUACGAUCCAUCCCAACCCAUUCUACAACAAAUUGGGGCCUACUGUGGGAUUGGUGUAUUAAAAUGGAGGAUACUUACUAAAUAGGCCUACCUUUCAGGAACUACCGUAGUGAAAUUUGAGGUUAUACCUACUAAAGCAUGCAUAUUUUAAGUAUAAAUCUAAAUACGUUUAACAUCCUAUUAAUAUUCUCAUCCAUCUAUAUAUAGAAUAAAGUUUUCUCUGUAGUCUUUUUCACCAGCCCUACUUAACCGAUAGUUAGAUAGCUUUGUAAUUUGCAUUCGUAAAAGAUGUGGCAUGUUCCAUUCCAUACUUUGUCAGUUGUCGAAUAGCAUAAAUUGUAACGAGAAAACACAGUUUUAUUAAUUAUUUGUGUUUUUUGUGGCCAGUGGAAAGUUCGAGGCCCUUGUCUAAAUUGAGCGUCAAUUUUCUGUUUGAGGCUAAUAAAUGAAAAAUUAUAUCAGGGCCAAGAAUUGAUGUCAUCCAGUUAUAACGAGAUCUAAAUAAAGACAAAAUUAUGGUGUUAAGAAAUCUUGGGUUUUAACCCAUUUUCGAAUAAAGUUUGGGUCAAAUGGUUUGUAACCAAGUUGUUAAGUAAUUGAAAGUGGUAAACAACAAAGGUAAGGCAAAGUUGAAGGUUGUAUUGACAUUUGCAACUGCUUAGAAUUUUAACAUAGAAAAAAUACUAUAAGCAGAGUUUAAUUUUUAUGUAAAUGCAUGGUUUUUGUAUAAUAUACUGCUAAAAAUUUUGGUAAGAUCGUUGUUACCUUCUUGGCGAAAUAUUAAUGUAGAAGACUUGGUUAAGCUAUGUUAUACCUAUAAUACAUGUCGGAUUUUUAUUGAGAAAAUAAAUUGAAAAAUAUUUGCUAAAGAAGUUAAGAACAAAGUACUGUUCAUUGGAAAUUUCUCUUGGAUGUUGUAUAUACUUAAACGAUUUUUGUAAUUGUAAAAUAUAAUACUGAAAUAGAGUAUAUUGUUUUAA